AUGUACGUGAAAGUGAGAACAAUGGAUGGUAAACAGGAGGCGAUAAUAACUAUCUCUAAAUUAACGGAGGUAGAGGAUUUUAAGCAUGAAGUUGAAAAGGAAUUACAAAUAAAAGUAGACUUGCAACGAUUAUUUUUUCGUGGUAAACAAUUAGAAAAUGGUUACAAGUUGUAUGAUUAUAAUGUUAAUUUGAAUGAUGUAAUUCAAUUAAUGGUGAGAGUACAAGCUGAUGAUGUAGAAAAUAAUGCUACCUCAAGUAGUAAUUUUACUACUAAUAGUUCUAAUUCUGAAAAAGAUAGUAUAGAUAAUUCUAAUGAAGAGGAAGAAUUAAUUGAAGCUGAAAGUUUAUAUUAUAAAAUUGGAGAUGCAGUAGACUGUCUUGAUCAAACUUAUGGAGCUUGGUUUGAGGCCAUAAUAUUAAAAAUCUUCAAAAAUGAUGAUAAACUUAUUUAUAAUGUACAGUGGGAAUUUGAUGACAAAGCUCCACCAUUCAAUGUACCUGAGUCAUCAGUAAGACCACGUGCAAGACAGCUUUUACAAUCUAGUAACUUAAAAAUAGGUCAAAAAGUAAUGAUUAAUUACAAUGUUGAUAAUCCAAAAGAAACUGGAUUAUGGUAUGAUUUCACAAUAUUGAAAAUAGAUAAAAAGAAAAGAUCACUACAACUUAAUGGAACAUUACAUAUUGGAAGAGAUCAACCACUUGAAAAUCAUAAAGUAAAUCCUAAAGGUGAGAUUUUUGCAAUUGAGGAGCCAAUACUACUUAAAGAAAGAACUCUUGAGGAUGAACAACACAUGGUUAGUAGUGGUAAACGAAGACGUGUUCAAGCUAAUUGUGAAGCAUGUUUGGACAAUCCUCGCAAGAAGUGUAAAGAAUGUGGUUGUAGAAUCUGUGCUGGUAAAGAAGAUGAACACAAUCUUUUAUUAUGUGAUGAGUGCAACUCUGCCUAUCAUUUACGCUGUUUAAAUCCUCCAUUAACAUCUAUACCUGAAGAAGAUUAUUGGUAUUGUCCAGAAUGUAAAAAUGAUGAAAACGAAAUUGUGAAGGCAGGUGAUAAACUAAAACAGACAAAAAAGAUAACAAAAGAAAAUAGCAAUAGUAAAAGGGAUUGGGGCAAAGGAAUGGCAUGUGUAGGAAGGACAAAAGAAUGUAGUAUAGUUCCACCAAAUCAUCGUGGACCUAUUCCAGGAGUAGAAGUUGGCAUGUGUUGGAUGUAUAGAGUACAGGUGUCUGAAGUGGGAGUGCAUAGACCACAUAUAGCUGGAAUUCAUGGAAGAGCAACAGAUUGUGCAUAUUCUAUUGUGUUAUCUGGGGGUUAUGAAGAUGAUAUAGACAAUGGUGAUGAAUUUAUUUAUACUGGCUCUGGAGGGAGGGAUCUAUCAGGGAACAAAAGGACAGCUGAACAGAGUUGUGAUCAAACGUUAACUAGAAUGAAUAGAGCAUUAGCUGUAAAUUGUAAUGCCAAACUCAAUGCAACAGUAGGUGCUACAGCUGAAAAUUGGAGAGGUGGUAUACCUGUAAGGGUUGUGAGAAACUUUAAGCUUGCUAAACAUAGUAAAUACGCGCCAGAGGAAGGCAACAGAUAUGAUGGCAUAUACAAAGUGGUAAAGUACUAUCCGGAUACAGGUAAAAGCGGUUUUCGUGUAUGGAGAUAUUUAUUCAGGAGAGACGAUCCAGCUCCUGCGCCAUGGACUAAAGAGGGUAAAGCACGAAUAACUGCUCUUGGCUUAAAACCGAUGUAUCCAGAUGGAUACUUGGAAGCAAUGGCAAAAAAUAAUAAGACGAAUAAAAAGAGGAACGAGUUUACGGAAGAAGAAAAGUCUAAUACUCCGGAUAGCGAAGAACCACCGAAGAAAAAACAGAAACGUGAAGGUUACGCAUUAGAAACUGAAGUGGUAAAAUAUAUUGAAGAAGAUGGAGCAAAUACAAAAUUGUGGGAUGAAUGUCGCAAAUCUUUAUCGAAUGGUAAAACUGCAUUUUUGCAACAAGUUUCAGAAAGAUUCACAUGUCCUUGUUGUUUGGAGCUCGUUUAUAAACCCGUUACUAUUCCAUGUACACACAACAUUUGCUUUAAUUGCUUAAAACGUAGUUUUUCGUCAGGCGUACAUUGUUGUCCAUCGUGUCGUCAUUUAUUAGAUAAAAAUUACAACAUGGAAGUCAAUGAAUCUUUGUCGUCCGCUUUGUUACUGCUUUAUCCAGGAUACGAGGGUGGCAGAUAA